AGGAAGUGUCGCUGUGAAUCAUGUUGAGCAAAGAUUGUUACCGACACAUUACUUUCUAUACAACCCUGGCUUCUUUCUAUUGCAUUAUUGGACGUAAAAACAAAUAAGUGAUUUUGCAGAUCACAAGGUGUUGAUGUUAUUCCGAUCCCUGCGUUGGUAUGUUGCAGGUAUAUCGUUUCCUGACAGCACGUGCUGCUUGAAGCCCUCCAGAAACAAGGGAAGCCUCCUCAUCACACAGAUCCAGCAUCCACGUCCUGCCUGGAAAUGCCUCUGUUCCGGGCUUCGGGUAAACGUGGUGGGGCCAUGGCUCGCCCCGGGCGCAGGAGGAGGAGAAAUAUGGAGGUGAUGGGGAGCUGCGGGAAGUCAGAUGAAGAUGGAGCCGUGCUUCCGUUGACACGACUGUGUCUAUUGAGCCUGGCAGACAACAUGAAGGAAGUGUGGGUGAAGGACUAUGCUGAUAACUACCUGGAUCAUUAUUCAUUCAGAUACAUCAUGGGGCCUUUCAAUUUUCUGACGGGUGAGCUGGUCGAGGAGCUGACAUUGCUGCUGUGCACCAGAAAGCAGAUGUCCCGGGCAGCCCUCCACCUCCUGCUAGUCCCUCAACUCCGUGGCCUGUCUCUAGAAAAGUGUCCUGGGCUGGUCACCGCCGCCCUCUGUGCCCACAUUGCUGCACGUUGCCAGUGUCUGUGGAGUCUGGACUUAUCUGGAGCCCAGCAGCUGACCUCAAAGGUCCUGUCUGAAACCCUCUGCUGUCUACCUGCCCUGCGCUCGCUCUCCCUGGCUGGUACACCUUGUGACAGACGUGUAAUCAGGACGAUUGCCCACUGCUGUCGUUUGCUGCGCCAUCUGGAUUUAUCUCGCUGUCAUUUCCUUUCCCCUGCUGCACUACUUCCUCUUGGAGGUGGAGCUUCCUUUUCGUCCUCUGGCUGUCCUUCUAACUCACCUUGUCGCUCCUCGACAUCCCAAUCUUUUAUAUCCUCCUCUUGCGCUUCACCCCUGUCUCCUCUCCCACUCAGCAGUCUGCUGGCUCUGGAUAUUGAGUUUGGGGAACAAGAGGGAGACCCUGUGGCGGCAGCAGCCUACCUCCUCCUCUCCCUGCCCUGCCUGGAGAGAGUGGCCAUGGAGGGCCUUGCACAGGCCUGCUGUCUCAUCCAGCACAAACAAUUUGGCCAGACAGAUGAGUUCACUGACAGAGAAGGAGUUCCCAGGCUGGAGGAGGUGUGGAGGGAUCGGAGGCACAGGCAGAACAUGGACAGUUGGAGUAAAACAAGUAAAGGAGCAGCAGGGGGUGAAGAAGAUGAUGAUGAAGAGGAGGAGGAGAUGUUAUUGUGGGAGGGGUAUGGUGAGAGUGAGGAAGAUGCAAGUAGAGAUUUAGUUCCAAGUUGCUCUCAGAACCAAGCAGAGGAAAAAGGAAGAGUUUCAUCAGGUGAUGAACACCUGAUCCUGCGCCUGAAGGACGUCAAGGGCUUAUCAUGUGACUCUCUGGACAGUUUAAGUCGUGCAUGUCCUGACAUCUACUCCAUAUCUGUGAACGUUGAUGAUUGUGAAGAUCCCAGAGGAAGAAGCCAGGGGUCUCUGUUAGCUGCUGGACUCCAGGCAUGUUCAGGCCAGCUGCGGAGCCUCUCGGUACACUACCCGGGCCCUCUGGUGGAUCUCCUUCCUGCCUUGCAAGUUGCAGGCUCUUCUUUGGUCUCUCUCACCCUGGAGGGGGUGAAAACUAGCCCUCACACCCCUCUACUGGAGGUCAUCAAGGCCUGUCCCAGACUCAAAGACCUGCUCAUCUCUGCCGAGCCUCCCACCACCCCACACGUAGAAGGAGACGAGGAGGAUCAGCGGGACGAGCGGGAUCUUCCACAGCUGCCUAACCUCUGCUCUCUCACUCUCAAUUUCUCCUACGAGCACAGCCAAAUGAAGCCUGUCAUGUCCUGGAUGUCCCUGAAGAGGGUACUCAAGUGUCUCCUGGCUGGUUCUCCUUUACUGGAGAAGCUCUCACUGGUGUCCCUGCCCUGCCCUCUGAACUGCAUUUUACAGGAGGUACUGAGCAGAUUGGACUUGGAUUCACCUCACAUCCCACUCGGACGUGUACAACGCAUUGACCUGCCGCGGACUGAUGUGAAGAUGAUAACAGUGAAAAGUGUUAUGCAACGAAGCAAGAAACUCAAGUAUGUAGAUGUGAGUCACUGCUGGCAUAUCAGUCACUUCGAGAUGUUGGACUGCAAGAUGGACAGUAAAGUCCAAGUCGUCUGGUUGUAGUGAGGAGAUGGGCAUCUUCCAAUACGGGAGCAGCACUGUUGAAGGUGGAUGAAUAAUGCUUUAAAUUAGUCAAAUAAAAAUACACACGUUUUACAGUGUGAAUUGCACUAGUAUCUCAGCUUGUAUGACUACAACCCUAGGGUAUAACUUUGGUUAUUUUUGUACCUAAGGUCUGUAGGUUUACAGACUGUUUUUGCACUAAAAGAUUGCAAUAUUCCCAAGUACUGUAUACAUAUCAAAACAUGGUAUUCCUUUAGUGCCUUGAAUGAAUCACAAACUGUAUCUUCUCCAUUGUGUUUUAAAUAAAUCUUUUGACUGUCA